UGGCCUCCCUCACAGGCUCUCUGCUACUGCUGGCAGUCAGCGUGAUGCUUCAGAUCGGAGAUGUGAACAAAGUCAGCAGACGUGCCACCAAUAGUGCAACUAUAUCAACUGCAAUGGAGACACCGCUUUCCCAAGUGCGUCUGGUGAACGGGCGUAACCGCUGCGAGGGGCGCGUGGAGGUGCGGCACAACGGCACGUGGGGCACGGUGUGCGACGACGACUGGGACAUGGUGGACGCCAACGUGGUUUGUCGCCAGCUGAGCUGCGGCGUGGCGCUGGCCUGCGGCAGCAUCUCGGAGUACGGCCAGGGGUCCGGGCCCAUCCUGCUGGACAACGUGGACUGCAAGGGAGGGGAGACGGACCUGGGACAGUGCGCCAGCCUGGGAUGGGGCGUCCACAACUGUUACCACUACGAGGAUGUGUCGGUGUCGUGCAAAGAUACAGCCGUGGAGGAGACACGGGGCUUCGGCGAGCCCACCACCAUGUCCAGGAGGAGCUUAGGGUUAAGAGAUGGUACGGUCCGGCUAGUCGGUGGACUGGACCACUGCCAGGGACGGGUGGAGGUCCACUACUGGGGCAGCUGGGGGACGGUGUGCGACGAUGACUGGGGCAUGAGGGACGCAGGGGUGGUGUGCCAGCAGGUGGGCUGUGGCCACGCCGUGUCCUUCACCACCAACGCCUACUUUGGCUACGGCACCGGUCAGAUCCUGCUGGACAAUGUCAACUGCAACGGCUACGAGAAGCAGCUGGGGAGAUGCUACAGCCUGGGAUGGGGGAUACACAACUGUGGGCAUCACGAGGACGCCGGGGUCAUCUGUUCAGGUUCUGGGUCCACCACCACCACGCCUCCCGUUAGAACCGACACAGUGCCCAUGGAACGGGGAUUCGUGUUCACUGACGGCAACGCAGUGACUGGACAAACAGGUUCAGUCUCUGCAACAACUUCAACAUCUCUGCAAACGACAACAGCGGCAAUUACAACAAAAGAGGAGGCCUCCAUCCGCGUGGUCAACGGUAACAGCAGCUGCCAGGGUCGCGUGGAAGUGUUCUACAGCAACCUCUGGGGCACGGUGUGUGACGACGACUGGGACCUGGACAACGCAGCGGUGGUGUGCCGGGAGCUGGGCUGCGGCCCCGCCAUCGCAGCCAAGGCCCUGGCAUACUUCGGCUAUGGCUCGGGGCCCAUCCUGCUGGACAACGUGGACUGUGACGGCAACGAGAGGAAGCUGGAGGACUGUUUCAACCUGGGCUGGGGCCAGCACAACUGUGGACACCAUGAAGACGCUGGAGUCAUGUGUGCCCCCUUUCAGCUUGUUGACUUCAAGACAACCGAAAUGCCCACUGUGCCAACCACUGGGCCACCAAGCCAAGGCACUGUGAGGUUGAUGGGGGGCCAGCAUCACUGUGAGGGCCGGGUGGAGAUAUUCUCUGGGGCAAGGUGGGGCACGGUGUGCGACGACGCCUGGGACAUGCCCGACGCCAAGGUGGUGUGUCACCAGCUGGGCUGUGGGCAGGCCGUGGCGGCCCGCGCGGAGGCCUUCUUUGGGCCUGGCAGCGGUGCCAUCCUCCUGGACAAUCUGAAGUGCCAUGGCUCUGAGAGCUCCCUCCACCUGUGCUCCCACAUUCCCUGGGACGUGCACAACUGUGACCACUCGGAGGACGCCGGCGUCACCUGCUCGCUGUCGUGAGUCCAGCAGUGAUUCACCACCAGGGAGCCACCAGAAUGUCUGUAUCCACCGCUGCCGGCACACAGGACAGGGCCCCGCAUGGUGGGCGUGGCCCCGGGACAUGUAAACGUUAUGUAAAUAAGCCCUCCCCCCAGUGUCCAAUGGAAGGCUGCGACCACUAUGACAACAAACGAAGAAA